AGGAUGGCAAGGGAGAAGAUAAAAAUAAAGAAGAUAGAUAAUAUAACAGCAAGACAAGUGACAUUUUCAAAGAGGAGAAGAGGGCUUUUUAAGAAAGCUGAAGAGCUUUCUGUUCUUUGUGAUGCUGAUGUUGCUCUUAUCAUUUUCUCUGCUACUGGAAAGCUAUUUGAUUUUGCUAGCACCAGCAUGAAGGAUAUUCUUGGAAAGUAUAAGUUGCAGUCUGCUAGCCUUGAGAAAGUUGACGAACCUUCCCUUGAUUUACAGCUAGAGAAUAGCCUCAACAUGAGAUUAAGCAAGCAGGUAGCUGAUAAAACUCGUGAGCUCAGGCAGAUGAGAGGUGAGGAACUUGAAGGAUUGAGUUUAGAAGAAUUACAACAAAUUGAGAAAAGACUUGAAGCUGGUUUCAACCGUGUGCUUGAGAUUAAGGGUACACGAAUUAUGGAUGAAAUUACCAACCUUCAAAGAAAGGGUGCUGAGCUGAUGGAAGAAAACAAACAAUUGAAACACAAAAUGGAAAUUAUGAAGAAAGGGAAGUUGCCCUUACUGACUGACAUGGUGAUGGAAGAAGGCCAAUCAUCUGAGUCUAUAAUUACAACCAAUAAUCCUGAUCAAGAUGACUCCUCAAAUGCAUCUUUGAAGUUAGGUGGUACUACUGCAGUUGAAGAUGAUUGCUCAAUUACAUCUUUAAAGUUAGGGCUACCAUUCAGCUAGCAAACUCAAAUGGGGGAGCUUUUGUUGAAGAUUGUACUAAUAAUAAUUUUUGGAUGAAAACAAUGAGUGGCAUAAUAUAUUUGCCUUUUUUUGGAAAAAUAUACAUUGGAAUAUAAUUGUCACUGCUUCUACUAUGUUAUUGUAUGUAUGUGGACAACUUGGCAAAGGGCAUAAUGCAGAUUUAUUAACCAUCUCAUUUUGGGUCUUGUGAGGGGAUUUCUAUAAUAUAAUCUAUGAGUUUACGUGAA